AUGGGUUUCAAUUUGUUUAUAGCGGAUGAAACUAAACUUAUACACUAUCCGUUAAUUGUUGCAGGUGAAAGUGAUGAACAAAAAUGGAGAUGGCUCACAAAACCUGGUCUGUGUUUAAAAGGUAAAUGCUCCAAUUCGUCUUGUGAAGCUCAUAAUCAAAUGGUUAUAAUGAAUAUGGGGAUUUGUGUAUUUAAUGUUAUUACUGAUGUGUCAGAAGGUACAAUAAAGUGUCCUGUAUGUGACACAUUUGUUCAUCCAUUAACAUGUGCAUUUUACAAUUGUGAAUGGCGAUGGGACGGCUUGAAAAAAUCAGAUAUGAUCAAUGAACCACCACUUAAAGUUAAUAAAACAGAAUACGCGUCAGUCACAAAUGAAUAUCAUUUAUUUGACAUUAAAGGCAAAGGUGAGGCGGCAAUGGUGAAUUGGUUACAAUUAAUUAUACAUACAAGACCAAUGUUGAUACUAUCAAAUGUUCAAUCUGUCUGUUUCCCGUUUCAAGCGAAGAUAAAAUGA